CUCUCUCUCUCUCCUUUCCUGGAGUACUGCAGCGACAUAGGACUGCAUUGAGAGAGAAAAACUCUCAAUGCGCUGGCAAUUACCUCUGAUCCUAUUCUACAGUAAAACAAAAAAACACAAGAUUUAUUUCCCCAUAAAGCGAAAGUGGAGUGUGAUGCAAUGGGUAACUAUCAGCCCAGUUUACUCUUCUCGCCAUAAAUGACGCCUGGCCGAUGAUUGCCACCGUCAUUGUGGUUUAUCUCCUGUGGUGACUGCAGACUCAAGAGUUUUCUUCCCUGCUGUAUCUCAAUACCCACUGAUCUCACCAUUCCUGCAAUUCCCCCGUCAGUGUACGGCACCCCUCUUGCCCCUCUUCCCUCCCAUCUUCUACUUCUAAGUAUCCUCUGAGCCCCCGAGAAGACCUACUGGUGGAGCCAGAAUGGAGGACACUUACAAUAACAGGACUUCCCUGGCUAAGGGGGCCAAGGACAUAGUCAAGGAGGCCAAGCGGCAUGCAACAAAGAAAGUCAACAAGGUGGUGGACCACGCCACAGACGAGUACUCAUCCCACCGCAACUACAGCCGAUUCCAGGAUGAGGAGGACGAAGAUGAAGAUUUCUACCGAAACCCUCCGAGGCCGGGCAACCAUGACAACGAGGAGGGCUCCAGCGAUGCAACAGAAGGCCACGAUGAUGAGGAUGAGAUCUAUGAGGGCGAGUACCAGGGGAUCCCCUCAGCAGGAGAUAGGAAGCAAAAGGAGGGCCAAGUGGCAGUGGGGCAACCAAUGUCAGAUGCAACAAGGGACCGUAAGGGGCUGGAGCAGGAGAGAGAGGCUGACGAGGAGGAGCUGGCCCAACAGUACGAGCUGAUCAUCCAGGAGUGUGGUCAUGGGAGAUUCCAGUGGCAGCUGUUCCUGGUGCUUGGGCUGGCACUCAUGUCCGAUGGGGUGGAGGUGUUCGUGGUGGGCUUUGUGCUGCCCAGCGCAGAGACAGACAUGUGUGUGCCCGACUCCAGGUCGGGAUGGCUAGGCAGUGUUGUUUACGUGGGGAUGAUGGUUGGAGCGUUUUUCUGGGGAGGCAUGUCUGACAAAGUGGGCCGCAGACAGUGCCUCCUCAUUUGCAUGUCCACAAAUGGCUUCUUCGCCUUCCUGUCAUCUUUUGUCCAGGGAUACGGCCUCUUCCUCCUUUGCCGUCUCGUCGCAGGCUUUGGGAUAGGAGGUGCUGUGCCCAUUGUUUUCUCCUUCUUUGCAGAGGUGUUGUCCAGGGAGAAAAGAGGAGAACACCUCAGCUGGUUGUGUAUGUUCUGGAUGAUUGGAGAGAUCUAUGCAUCUGCUAUGGCGUGGGCCAUCAUACCACACUAUGGUUGGAGUUUCAGUAUGGGUUCAGCAUACCAGUUUCACAGCUGGAGGGUGUUUGUUGUCGUCUGUGCCCUGCCCUGUGUGUGUGCUGUGGUGGCACUUACCUUCAUGCCCGAAAGUCCCAGGUUCUACCUUGAGGUGGGGAAGCACGAUGAAGCCUGGAUGAUCCUCAAACAGAUUCACGACACCAACAUGAGAGCGCGUGGGCAACCGGAGAAAGUCUUCACUGUAAACAGGAUCAAGAUACCCAAACAACUGGAUGAACUGGUGGAAAUGGAGUCACAGUCUGGCAAUCCAGUUUCAAAGUUUUUCUUUCGGAUAAAGACUGAAAUACAUGGGAUCUAUCUGAAUCUCCUGAAGUGCUUCAACUACCCUAUGCGAGAAAACAUGAUGCGGCUUGCCAUAGUGUGGUUCAUGCUGUCAUUCGGGUAUUAUGGCCUUUCAGUCUGGUUUCCUGAUGUCAUCAAACACCUUCAGGCAGACGACUAUGCAUCCAAAGUGAAGCUGCACAACAAUGAACGCAUUGAAGACUUCACCUUCAACUUCACCCUGGAGAACCAGAUACACAAAAACAGCCUCUUCAUCAACGACCGAUUCAUCAAUAUGAAGCUGAGGUCCGUCACCUUCAUUGACUCUACCUUUCGUAACUGCCACUUUGAUGAUGUCACAUCGGUGGGCUCCUUCUUCCGUAACUGUACUUUUAUUGAUGCUUUCUUCUUUAACACAGAUAUUGAUGAAUCCAAGCUGAUAGAUGGCACAGAGUUGAUCAACAGCACAUUCACCCACAACAAGAAAGGAUGCCAGAUGACGUUUGAUGAUGACUACAGUGCCUACUGGGUAUACUUCAUCAACUUCCUGGGAACCCUGGCUGUUCUGCCCGGCAACAUUGUUUCCGCCCUUCUCAUGGACAAAAUUGGGCGUCUGUCCAUGUUAGGCGGCUCCAUGGUCCUGUCAGGCAUCAGCUGUUUCUUUUUGUGGUUCGGCACCAGUGAGUCCAUGAUGAUUUUUAUGUUGUGCCUUUACAACGGUCUGAGCAUCUCUGCCUGGAAUUCUCUUGAUGUGAUCACGACUGAGUCGUUCCCUACUGGCAGGAGAGGAACAGGCUUUGGGUUCUGCAACGCUCUGUGUAAGCUGGCAGCAGUCUUGGGGAACCUGAUCUUUGGCUCUCUUGUUGGCAUCACAAAGGCCAUCCCCAUCCUCAUGGCCUCGUCUGUGCUUGUCGGGGGAGGCCUGGUUGCACUCCGGUUGCCUGACACCAAGUCGAAUGUCCUUAUGUAACACCAGCUUGGCAUUCAUCAGCUGGGAUAAAACCUGGAUAAAACCUGGGUGAAUCUGAGAGGAAGCCCAGGGAGUGUUGAGCAAGGAGUGCAAAUGGCUUGGUUCACACAUAUCUUAAUCACAUUUCGCUAAUGUACCGUAGCUGGAUAGCAACCCACCUUUCUCCCAGUGUGUUUUAAUUUUUAGCAUACAAAUCCAAAAUCAUUCAUUCCUCGUUUUUCAAUAAUAAGCUCAGUCUUUUUGUGAAUGUACUGUGUGGAGAUAUCACAUGACAGCGCUGAGAGGUUGCACAUGUUUUUGGUACUGAGACUUUGGUGGAGUUUUGUUCAGUGACUGGUUGCCCAUUCCAACUGUAGCCAUACGUUUGAGUGGAGUCACGGCAUCGUUAAAGCUCAAGGCUUUUAAUAUUGAUACAGUCUUAUUAAGACAAGCCAGAUGGGGAGAAAAGUGAAAAACAAGCUGUAAUGAGCACAGCCAACCUUCUGUGUGGCAACAUAGGGAAUAGAUGAUCAGACAGAGCGGACAUACGACACAGCUGUAUGACAGCUGGCUUGCCCACAAGACUCACGUACACAGGACAUGCUGUAGACAGUAUACAGAAAGGCAACAUGAACAUCAACACAUAGAUAUACUCGUGAGUGGUACUCACAUCUACCGACACGUUUUUUCAGUACUUGCAACGCACUGGACACACAAGGUUGUAUUUUGCUCAACAUGACAUUUGCACAGACGUCGUCAACCUUUAGAUAAUUAAUGUAUGACGCCAAGCCCUUUGCAUUACCCAACCAAGAAUCUAAAAGGCCAUUUAAAAAAAUAUUUUAAAUGUAAUUAAAAGUAAUUGAAUCUGAGGCUGCUAUAUAUUUUCUGCUUAUUGUUUUGUGUUUUGUGGAAGUUAGAACGAUGACAAAUGUUGUUACUCCAGGUCUCCAUCCAUGUGUCAUAUUAUUGUACAAAUACUCUCUGAUGAGCUCUCCUUCUGAUUUAGCUUUGUGUUGGAUCUUCCUUGAGGUUGAAUAGUGACAUGUCAUGCUGCUUCCAUUUAAAAAUACUGAAUGGCCUUUUUUUAAAAAUGUGCCUCUCCUUAACGGGAGCAGUCUGCCGAUAGUCAUGUGGUGUCCAAAGGUCAUAAGAAACAGACAGAAACUGAAUCGGAAGUAAAUAGAUGAAAUAUUCAUGCCCUUUUGUGUGUGUAGAGUAUAGAUGUGAGAUAAUGUGACCAGUAUCUUGAUGGUUCACCUGAUCUCUUUUUUUCAAACAUCCCUAUUUUUAUAAGUAUUUUACUUUGGUGAGAUAAGCCUCCUCUGCUCCAGAAUAGGUAACAAUAAAUCAUGACAACAUUGGAUCAAAUGGUGUAAGUUACCGAGCAUAACUUCAAAGUGAUAACAAAUAAAUCAAAAAACGAGCAUCUAUUUUUUAGCGCUUAUUGAUGACAUUAUGAAAAUGUCUGCUAAGAAAAUGUUUUGGCUUUUUGGACUAUGUAGUCAUGUGGGAAAAAAUCUACUCAAAUUAUGUUUGCAUGUUUGUUUAAUUUAAAAUUGUGAAACAAAUAGAAAACUGUAUGAUGAAUUUGAGCUCUGUCGUUUGUUGUGACUAACCAACAGUUUUGUCUAAACUCUCACACUGACCUACCUUUUACUAGUUAUGUAUCUUGUUCUUCAACAUUGGGACCUCAUUGCUUUCUGCUUAGACUAAUAAUCAUCACAUCACUUUACUAUUUUAAAAAUGCUAAAAUACCUCUAAAAUUGUAAUUGAUAUAAUUCAUGUGGCUGACGGCCUGCUUUUCUCUGUAUUUGUGGUAUCUGUGAUCACAGCGUAGAGGUAGUUUACCCUUGCACUGCAGUUGGCUCCUUCAAGGCUACUCGACAGAAACAACAUCAAAAAGGCAUUAUGAAGUGUGCCUGCUAUUGCACAACAGAUACAUUUUGACCAAAUGAUUUAAGUAUUUUUGAAACAAAACAUACAGAUUCUAAAUGCCCUGAUAUAAAAAGUGAUGACUGUCUAAUGUCAACCAAAUGUCAAUCCAAGUCUGCAACAAUAUUAGAAGGCUUCAUAUGUUUCUGGAUGAGUUACACCUUUAAGUAAUGGCAGAUCUACCUGUUGUGUUUUGUUGGAGAGAAAUGACAUUACCAGUUAUGUUUGAGGUAUUUGGGGUAUUGCUUAUAUGUACUGUAUUAAUGUGUGAGUGAGUGUGUGUGUGUGUGUGUGUGUGGGUGUGUGUGUGGCUGUGUGUGUGCGUGCACGCGCAUAUGUGAGUAUAAGAGAGAGUACUGGAUGUGUGUGUGGGCUUGCAUAUACAGUAUGAGUGUAAAUAAUGUACAUAUCAAAGCUAAUAUCGGUGGACUUCUGGUUAUAAGCUCUUUGAUCAACUCAUGUGUCUCCUGCUUUGUCCAAGUGAUAAGUCCAUCUACUGUAUCUCUGUUGUACAUCUCUGUGUGUCCUUGGCUUUAAGCCCCUACUCACCUGCUACUCUGUGUGUGUGCGUGUGUGUGUGUGCACAAACUUGCAUGUAUGUAAGAAAACUUCUGUUCUUUUGUGGUCAACUUUGUGUUAUUUCUGUAAAUUCAUCUGGCAGAAAAUGAUGGCAAUAUUAAGAUUUUUGUUGAGGAAAAAUGUGAAUGUAUCACUCUUGUAAGUUCUGUUUAUCCAUUUUAUGGAGAUAAUCAAAUGUAUGUGGAGAGUAGAGUUGUGUAUAUUAUUGUGAAGGGCCUGCCAGUCAGGAUGACUGAGCUGUAUGUUCAGAGGUCCAUAAGUGUGAAACAAUGUGAAGAAUUAUUUGCCAAAUGAUACCGUGAAUAAUAUUAGAAAGUGGAAAGGCAGGGAUUGCAAACUGUGCUGCUUUUGAACAUAUAUACAAUAAAAGCUAUGUUCUCUAG